AAUAACCUACAAACCAAUAAAUAACAGAGAGCAAACAAAAAGCCAAAUGUGAAAUGCAAAUAAAACUAACGCGCCAAUAAAACUACACCAAAUUGCUUGCAUAAAACGCCAGCCCCAUACUACUUCAGCAGCUCAAAUCUGCAACAAUAACACAAGCCAAAACAACGAUAAUAAAUAAUGUAUGUGUUGGUUUUUAUGGCCAAUCCCUUAAACGAAUAAAGCUGAAAAACAAACAACGAAAUCGUAAAAGUCCUAUAAAAAAAAGUAUAUCUGCAUAAUUCACCUACACCAUAUAGGAGCCAACAACAACAAAAAAGUAGAAGAAACAAGAAAAAAAAACAAACAGAGAAAUGUGUGUCAAAGUGCUAAAGUGUGUUGGCAAAAAAAAAGUGAAAUAAAUUUCCUCAAUAUGUUGGGAAUGUGAAAAAAUACGCAAAAAAAAUCAACUCAAAAUUAAGAAAGUAUAAAGUCUUAUGAAUUGUUAUCAAUCAUACGCUCUAGUGUUCUGGUAUUAAUAUCAAUCAUACGCAACAGUGAUCAAAUUUUAAAAUUUCUAACUAUAUCCCCUACAAAUGCUUACUGAAAAAGCAUAUUGGCUUACAAUUACUUGUAAUAGUGUAUAAAGAAAUUUAGUGAAUUCCAUUUGUGUGUGUUUUAAGUGAAAAAUAAACGGAUUAUUUGAAAUAAUAGUAAAUUUUUUCUAACUGAGGAAAAAAUAUCUCAACGAAAUUUGCUUUUUGAGCACCUUACCAAAAAAUCAUAUGAACAAAAAAUUCAAAAAAGACACAAUUAAAACAUUAGAAUGUUUGAUUUUUUCUCAUUCUCUAAUGUAUAAUACACUUCAAGCUUAUUUUGUUAAUCUUGUGCAAAUAUAAAAAGUGUUUCUUGACUUAUCUUUAAAACUAAACGAAAACAACAACAAAACACCUAAAAAGCAAUACAAAACUCUAAAUAGUAUAUUUCCACAACAUUUCCUAGAGAUCCCGUGUGUUUGUGUUCUGCGCCCAAUGGCUCUCAGCUUGUUAUGAUGGAGACAUUUCUUGUCCUGGGUCUGUGUUUUAUUCUAUAUGAAGCAUUGGAUUUCUUUCAAGGAUGCAUCCAUAGUGCUACCCCAAAUACCAGCGAUCAAAUUGAUGCCUAUCGCCGUCAGCUCGACGAACAAAGACAAAAACAACAAGAAGAACAAUUUCUGGCGAAUUUAACGCCUCUGCUCAGUGCCCAAUUGGCUGCGGCCGGAUUUAACUUUUCCACCGCUACCUCACCUACCGCCUCGACGGCUAGCGUUAUCAGUGAUCUGAAGGCCCAGGUGCAAAGAGAAAUAGAAAAUCAUUCAGUGAGCACUCCCGCAUUGCAUGCUGGUGACGAGAAUUCAGUGGGUGUUGGUUUUCGUCCUGCCAAUAUUGGUGUCUAUGAAAAUCAGGAAUUGCAUGCCACCUCCUCUCUGCCCCGUGACUAUUAUUACGUGCAACAGCAGCAAUUGAAAAAUAAAAACUCCUCCAAAUCCUUGCUCUCGAAAUUCUCUUCGGGCUCGGAUAACCGUAUCUUCCCUGAAUCGGCCAGCAUUUUGGGUAAUCCUGCAGGCGUUAUAACCACUCAACCUUUGCUGCAGCAACAACGUAACUCCUUUGAUUGUCCUACUCCCAUCAUAACACAACAGCCCCCGGUAACGGGUUGCAUACUUGCCCAGGACCUUAAGAGAGCCUUAUUGCAGAAUAACAAUAACAACGACGACGAAGAGAAUCAAAAGAUACUUUCACGCCGUGACUCACACAUCUCCCUCAGUUCUGCCACCCAUCAUCCCUCAUCAUCCGAAGAAGAGGACGACGACGAGGAGGAAUCCGAUUCAUCCUCAACCCAGGGGGAGGCCUCACUACAUUCCUGUCCCUACACAUCCGAUCACGACGACAUCAACGAAGAUCGCACAUUCACUGUGGGCUCUUGUUCAUCAUCGCAUGCUGACUUCCGGGAGAUCGAAUGUGAACGCCUGCGCCGUCAAUGUGUGAGCGUUAAACGCAUUUAUAGCAUAUCGGAGAAAUUUUAGAAAAAAAUCAAAUCAUCCUUAAAAGAAAUUCUAAAACAAAACAUUUUGUAUGCAAAAAAAAAAACUCAAAAAAAGAACACAAAAAAAUCAAAAACAAUUGGUUUUAUAAAAUUUGCUGAAUAACAAGUUAGAUUCCUCAGAUCAAGAAAACGAAACAAAAAUUGAACGUUAUUAAAAAGUUUUUAAAAUACUGUAAAUUAGAGAAAAUAUGUAA